AUGGUUAAAAAAAGAAAAGUUGGUGAAUUAUCACUUCAAAAAAGUGCACUUCUGUUCCUCUACGGUGAUGAUAUUCCUGAAGUUAACGAUUUGAUGACUGAAUUUCAAAAUAAUUUAGCUGAACCUCAAUUAAAGUUUGAUUUAAAUCCACUUGAUUGGUGGAAAUCCAAGGAAGAAAAAUAUUCAAAAAUUGCAAUAUUAACCAAAAAAUACUUAUCAAUACCAGCCACAUCAGUAAGUUCCGAGCGAUGUUUUUCAACUGCUGGGAACAUGGUGACCUCUAAAAGAACAUCGCUAUUGACAAAAAAUGUCAAUUUGCUGAUUUUCUUAUACCAAAACAGACAUUUAAUACCAUAG